GCAGAGAAACGACAAAUUCGCCCUGGUUCUCCCGGUGCCAUGCCAAGAUGGUUGUUCGGCGGAGGAGGGCCAGGUGCGGAGCGGGUCAAGCUGCGGGUGGCGAUGGGGCGGAACCGCGCGCGAGGAGGAUGGAAGAUGGAUGAGGCCGCCAGCGAGGUGCUCCUGCUCCCAUACCAGGCGGCCUCCGAACGAAGGCAGCAAGGCAGCGUCGCGCUUUCCUCCGCGAUGAAAGUGCUUUUCGCGGGGUGGUCGUCGCCGAUCAACGCUGCCCAUGCACGCAGCUCCGAGCCGCGCUCCGAAUGGACACGCCUGGCCUGAGGAAGUUGACGCUGACGUGCUUGCUGCAUGCCAUCAUCUGUACAAACUGCUCACCACCCCCACCUCCCUGUUGACCGCAACAACCACACCGCUCCGCACCGACACACCCUCACCACCGCCACCAUUAACUUCCUACGCACCUUCUUCACCGGCGCGCGUUCAGCCAGCCCGAAUUCCGUCAUGGCCGCCAAAGCAAAAGCACAGGAAAUCAUCGACAACAAUGCAGUUGCCGUCUUUUCCAAGUCGUACUGCCCGUACUGCAAGGCUACCAAGUCGCUUUUGAGCGAGUUGGGCGCAAAGCCAUACAUCAUCGAGCUUGACCAAGUCGAUGAUGGUGCUGCCAUCCAGGAUGCCCUCGAGGAGAUCACGUCUCAGCGUUCCGUCCCAAACAUCUUCAUCGACCACUCGCACAUUGGCGGCAACUCCGAGCUGCAAGCCAAGAAGAGCCAGCUGCCUGACCUUUUGAAGAAGGCCAACGCUGUUUGAGAGGUGUGGACGGAAUAAUCAUGUACAGGGACAACGAGAGCCUUAAAACACGACAGAGUUGUCAUGAAGUUCGAGUGGCUGCAUCAACCCCACACUUACUCAAUCAUAUCUCAUACCACGUUUUCAAAUGAUCGGUCACUGGCAGCAUGAGCCAUGGCGAGUCUGCCUCAUGUCUAACUUGCGAUCCUAGUCGAGAUCGCCAUCUAAUGCCAUCUUCCGCAUAGCAUCCAGUGAUUUUGAAACAGCCAUUUGUGCUCCCUCCCUGUGCUGC